AUGUCCAAGUUGUUUGUUAUGUGUGAGUUGGAAAUGAAACCUACUACCGGGGACAAGAUUUGGGCCACCCAUUUAGAAAGUCUAUAUGUCACAGAUCCUACAGAACUAAUAAUCGGACUUGCAGGAUUAUUAGGGUCACUAUUAGCAGGUAAAUCAGUGACCCUCCUGGCUCCACGUAAAUCAGUGAUCCUCCUGGCUUCAGGUAAAUUAGUGACCCUCCUGGCCUCAGGUAAAUCAGUGACCCUCCUGGCCUCAGGUAAAUCAGCGACCCUCCUGGCCUCAGGUAAAUCAGCGACCCUCCUGGCCCCACGUAAAUCAGUGACCCUCCUGGCCUCAGGUAAAUCAGCGACCCUCCUGGCCUCAGGUAAAUCAGUGACCCUCCUGGCCUCAGGUAAAUCAGUGACCCUCCUGGCCUCAGGUAAAUCAGCGACCCUCCUGGCCUCAGGUAAAUCAGUGACCCUCCUGGCCUCAGGUAAAUCAGCGACCCUCCUGGCCUCAGGUAAAUCAGUGACCCUCCUGGCCUCAGGUAAAUCAGUGACCCUCCUGGCCUCAGGUAAAUCAGUGACCCUCCUGGCCUCAGGUAAAUCAGCGACCCUCCUGGCCUCAGGUAAAUCAGUGACCCUCCUGGCCUCAGGUAAAUCAGUGACCCUCCUGGCUCCACGUAAAUCAGUGACCCUCCUGGCCCCACGUAAAUCAGCGACCCUCCUGGCCUCAGGUAAAUCAGCGACCCUCCUGGCCUCAGGUAAAUCAGUGACCCUCCUGGCUCCACGUAAAUCAGUGACCCUCCUGGCCUCAGGUAAAUCAGCGACCCUCCUGGCCUCAGGUAAAUCAGUGACCCUCCUGGCUCCACGUAAAUCAGUGACCCUCCUGGCCCCACGUAAAUCAGCGACCCUCCUGGCCCCACGUAAAUCAGCGACCCUCCUAGCCCCACGUAAAUCAGCGACCCUCCUGGCCUCAGGUAAAUCAGCGACCCUCCUGGCCUCAGGUAAAUCAGCGACCCUCCUGGCCUCAGGUAAAUCAGUGACCCUCCUGGCCUCAGGUAAAUCAGUGACCCUCCUGGCCUCAGGUAAAUCAGUGACCCUCCUGGCCUCAGGUAAAUCAGCGACCCUCCUGGCCUCAGGUAAAUCAGCGACCCUCCUGGCCCCACGUAAAUCAGUGACCCUCCUAGCCCCACGUAAAUCAGCGACCCUCCUGGCCCCACGUAAAUCAGCGACCCUCCUGGCUUCAGGUAAAUCAGCGACCCUCCUGGCCUCAGGUAAAUCAGUGACCCUCCUGGCCUCAGGUAAAUCAGCGACCCUCCUGGCCUCAGGUAAAUCAGCGACCCUCCUGGCCCCACGUAAAUCAGUGACCCUCCUGGCCCCACGUAAAUCAGCGACCCUACUGGCCCCACGUAAAUCAGUGACCCUCCUGGCCCCACGUAAAUCAGCGACCCUCCUGGCCCCACGUAAAUCAGCGACCCUCCUGGCUUCAGGUAAAUCAGCGACCCUCCUGGCCUCAGGUAAAUCAGUGACCCUCCUGGCCUCAGGUAAAUCAGCGACCCUCCUGGCCUCAGGUAAAUCAGCGACCCUCCUGGCCUCAGGUAAAUCAGUGACCCUCCUGGCCUCAGGUAAAUCAGCGACCCUCCUGGCCUCAGGUAAAUCAGCGACCCUCCUGGCCCCACGUAAAUCAGUGACCCUCCUGGCCCCACGUAAAUCAGCGACCCUCCUGGCCCCACGUAAAUCAGUGACCCUCCUAACCCCACGUAAAUCAGCGACCCUCCUGGCCCCACGUAAAUCAGUGACCCUCCUGGCCCCACGUAAAUCAGUGACCCUCCUGGCUCCACGUAAAUCAGUGACCCUCCUGGCUCCACGUAAAUCAGUGACCCUCCUGGCCCCACGUAAAUCAGUGACCCUCCUGGCCCCACGUAAAUCAGUGACCCUCCUGGCCCCACGUAAAUCAGUGACCCUCCUGGCCCCACGUAAAUCAGUGACCCUCCUGGCUCCACGUAAAUCAGUGACCCUCCUGGCCUCAGGUAAAUCAGCGACCCUCCUGGCCUCAGGUAAAUCAGUGACUCUCCUGGCCUCAGGUAAAUCAAUAAAAAAUGUGUAG